UAGGGGGAGCUGCUCGCGCCGCCGCCGCCGCCGCCGCCGGUCCCCCACGCCCGCGGCCCCGAGCGCCGCCUCCCCAGCCCGCGCCGCCGCGAUGGCGGAGGACAGCGAGUCUGCGGCCAGCCAGCAGAGCCUGGAGCUGGACGACCAGGACACGUGCGGGAUCGACGGGGACAAUGAGGAGGAGACGGAGCACGCCAAAGGAAGUCCUGGAGGGGAUUUGGGUGCCAAGAAGAAAAAGAAGAAACAGAAGAGAAAAAAGGAGAAACCAAACUCCGGAGGCACCAAGUCCGACUCGGCUUCUGAUUCCCAGGAGAUCAAAAUCCAGCAGCCUUCAAAACACAACACCAUCUGGCAGCAGAUUUCAGCGGGAGCAGCCACGGAAUCCCACCAUUCCAAUGCAGAAGUUGCAGGAUAUCCAGAGAGCAAUGGAGCUGUUGUCCGCAUGCCAGGGCCCUGCCAGGAACAUUGAUGAGGCUGCCAAACACAGAUACCAGUUUUGGGACACACAGCCGGUACCCAAAUUAAAUGAAGUCAUCACGUCCCACGGGGCGAUCGAAGCCGAUAAAGACCACGUGCGCCAGGAGCCCUAUUCCCUGCCCCAGGGUUUUAUGUGGGACACCCUAGACUUGGGCAACGCCGACGUGCUCAAGGAGUUGUACACGCUGUUAAAUGAGAAUUACGUGGAAGACGAGGAGAGCGUGUUCCGGUUUGACUACUCACCCGAGUUCCUGCUGUGGGCGCUGCGUCCCCCAGGCUGGCUCCUUCAGUGGCACUGUGGGGUCAGAGUGUCUUCGAACAAGAAGCUAGUAGGGUUCAUAAGUGCCAUCCCCGCCAACAUUCGGAUUUAUGACAGUGUAAAGAAGAUGGUAGAAAUCAACUUUCUUUGUGUUCACAAGAAAUUGAGGUCAAAACGGGUAGCCCCCGUGUUAAUUCGAGAAAUAACCAGAAGAGUGAACCUGGAAGGGAUUUUUCAAGCCGUUUAUACAGCCGGUGUGGUUCUUCCUAAGCCUGUGGCCACGUGCAGAUACUGGCAUCGAUCACUAAACCCCAGAAAAUUGGUAGAAGUGAAAUUUUCUCACUUGAGUAGAAAUAUGACUUUACAGAGAACCAUGAAGCUCUAUAGACUUCCAGAUGCUACCAAGACGUCGGGCCUGAGACCCAUGGAACCCAGGGACGUCAGAGCAGUUCGAGACCUGACCAACACUUACCUGAAGCGGUUUCACCUCGCCCCGGUGAUGGAUGAAGAGGAAGUAGCUCACUGGUUCCUCCCCCAGGAGCACAUUAUUGACACGUUUGUCGUGGAGAACUCCAGUGGUAAACUAACUGACUUCCUGAGCUUCUACACGCUCCCCUCCACGGUCAUUCACCACCCUGCUCACAAGAGCCUCAAAGCCGCCUACUCCUUCUACAACAUUCACACGGAGACUCCCCUGCUGGACCUCAUGAGUGAUGCGCUCAUCAUAGCCAAGUUGAAAGGAUUUGAUGUUUUCAAUGCACUAGAUUUAAUGGAAAAUAAAACCUUCUUGGAAAAACUCAAGUUUGGUAUAGGAGAUGGCAACUUGCAGUAUUACCUGUACAACUGGAGGUGUCCAGGAACAGAUUCUGAAAAGGUUGGACUAGUGUUACAAUAGAUGGAUUAUUUCUAUUUCUAGAACUCGGACAUCAUCACUUGUUAAUACUCUAUUUAAUGAUUCCUGGAACUGCCAUUCCAAAGAAGAAUAAAAGCACAACUUAAUGAAAUCGGCGUAGUCGGUAACAAUCAGAAAAGAUGAAAAAAAACCACCCAUACGUGACCAAUAGUACAUAUUUCUAGCUAGAAUGUUAACAGUCUUUUUUUUCACUGUUUACCCAUUUGUAGAAGGGAUGAAAAGGUAGAGAGAACACAUUCCUCUAAUUUCCAGACUUUUAGCUGUCUCUCACUGAAGAGAAGGUAUUUUUCCACUCUCUAGAAAAGGGACUGUUUUUCUAUGGACUGGACGGAAGUCACAGAAUUGUUAAGAAAGUCUUUGCUCUUACGUGGAGAUAAACUCCUGCAUUUCUAUGUAUUAAGUGUUGGUCUGUUCGUCCAUGUAACAGAAUGAAGGAUCCAUUUGGAAAAUUGGUGCUUCCGUCACCUUACGCGCUGUCACUGGGAGCAUUUACGGAAUCAGCACUUCCGUAGCUCGGUGACAAGUAGGUGGGUGUUUAAGUUUAGAGGGAGAUAAAAAUGUACUGCUGACUGGUAAGUACAUUUCUUUCUCCAGAAGCAGAAUUGCCAAAUAAACACACACACAUAUUUGUACUUUGGUCUUCAGCAGGUCCGUAGAUUGGUUCAAAACUCAAAUUUUGUGUGCAGAUAUGUACAGAGAGUCCACACCCAUGACCGACUCAACUUUGCAGCUGCCACACACAUUCAUGUCUUCUCAGCGGCAGCAAGAGAUGUGAGGCAAAGACAAUAAAAGCUCUAAGGUCAAAAGAAA